AGUUGGACUCUUCAUUAUUAGAAUUCCAUGUCUGUGCACUGUUGUCACUUGUCAUAACUUCAAACUUUUUUAACAUACUAUGGACCCUGGAAAUUCAAGUAACUUUCGUGGUGCUAGAAUGAAUACAAUGGAAGGUGUUGGAGCUCGAGUAAUGAGAGGAACAGAUUGGAAAUGGGGAAAACAAGACGGAGGCGAGGGGCACCUGGGCACGGUACGAAACUUUGAAUCUCCCGAAGAAGUAGUGGUUGUUUGGGACAAUGGGACAGCUGCUAACUACAGAUGUUCCGGAGCAUAUGAUCUUCGAAUUGUCGAAAGUGCACCAACAGGAAUUAGACAUGAAGGCACAAUGUGUGAUACUUGCCGUCAGCAACCAAUUUUUGGCAUUCGAUGGAAGUGUGCUGAGUGCCCCAAUUAUGAUUUGUGUUCAACUUGUUAUCAUGGAGACAAACAUCACUUGAGACAUAGAUUUUUUAGAAUAACAACACCUGGAAGUGAAAGGGUCCUAAUUGAUCCAAGACGCAAGAGUAAAAAGAUUGCUGUACGUGGUAUUUUUCCUGGUGCCAGGGUUGUUCGAGGAGUAGACUGGCAGUGGGAGGAUCAAGAUGGAGGCAACGGACGUAGGGGAAAAGUCACAGAGAUUCAGGACUGGAGUGCUGCGAGUCCUCGCAGUGCAGCUUAUGUUAUGUGGGACAAUGGUGCAAAGAAUCUGUAUCGCGUUGGCUUUGAGGGAAUGGCUGACCUGAAAGUUGUUAAUGAUGCUAAAGGCGGAACUGUGUAUAAAGAUCAUUUACCACUGCUUGGACAAGGGCCUGGCAGGGGUAAUAUUAAUGGAUUCCAAGUUGGUGACAGUGUAAAUGUUGAUUUAGACUUAGAAAUAGUUCAGUCUUUACAGCACAGACAUGGAGGCUGGAUUGAUGGAAUGUUUGAGUGCUUGGGUACUACAGGAACAGUUGUAGGAAUUGAUGAAGAUUCUGAUAUUGUUGUAUCUUAUCCUAGUGGAAACCGGUGGACUUUUAACCCUGCUGUUUUGACUAAAGUAAAUACAGCUACUUCAGCAUCUUCCAUCCCUGGUGACAGUGCUACUGGCCAACAGUUUGCUGUUGGAGACUUGGUACAGAUUUGUAGAGAUUUGGAAAGAGUGAAAAUCCUGCAAAGAGGUCACGGAGAAUGGGCUGAAGCUAUGCUACCGACUCUUGGAAAAAUUGGUCGAGUGCAACAAAUUUAUCAUGACAAUGAUUUGAAAGUAGAAGUGUGCAGUACAUCAUGGACCUAUAACCCUGCAGCUGUCACAAAAGUGGCAUCGGAUGGUGCAAUUCCUGGAACUUCUAGUGGGGAGAGAUUAAGUGCACUUUUAAAGAAACUGUUUGAGACCCAUGUUUCUGGAGAUGUUAAUGAAGAAUUAGUAAAAGCUGCUGCUAAUGGUGAUGCUCAGAAAUGUGAAGAAAUUCUAAAAAGAUCAGAAGCUGAUGUAAAUGGUGUUUUUGCUAGUCACACUGCCUUGCAAGCUGCAAGCCAAAAUGGACACAUAGAAGUUAUAAAGAUUUUGCUUAGACAUAAUGCAGAUGUGGAAAUAGAAGACAAAGAUGGGGAUCGUGCUGUUCAUCAUGCAGCAUUUGGAGAUGAACCUGGGGUUAUGGAGCUGUUAGCUAGAGCUGGUGCUGACCUAAAUGCCCGGAAUAAAAGGAGGCAAACUCCUUUGCAUAUUGCUGUAAAUAAAGGUCACGUAGGGGUAGUAAGGAGCAUAUUGGAGCUUGGCUGCCGUCCAAGUCUUCAGGACUCUGAAGGUGAUACUCCCUUGCAUGAUGCUAUUAGUAAGAAGCGUGACGAUAUGUUGACACUUUUGUUGGAUAACGGUGCUGAUAUUUGUCUCACAAAUAAUAAUGGUUUCAAUGCUUUGCAUCAUGCUGCUUUAAGGGGAAAUCCAAGUGCAAUGAGAAUUCUAUUGUCAAAACUUCCACGUUCUUGGGUUGUUGAUGAAAAAAAAGACGAUGGCUACACAGCAUUACACCUUGCUGCAUUGAACAAUCAUGUUGAAGUUGCUGAACUUCUUGUCCAACAGGGAAGAGCUAAUAUGAAUUUGCAAAAUGUCAACUUGCAAACUCCAUUACACUUAGCUGUUGAGCGCCAACACACACAAAUUGUUAGAUUACUAGUACGAGAAAAGUGCAAUCUAAAUAUUCCGGACAAAGAUGGCGAUACUCCCCUUCAUGAGGCUCUGAGACACCAUACACUUUCUCAACUGCGGCAAUUGCAAGACAUGCAAGAAGGUGGAAAAGUUGGAGUUAGCAAUGAAAGUACAAAUGGUACUUCAGAGUUAUUAAUGGGACUAGGAACUCAAAGUUCUGAUAAGAAAAGCAAUGCCUCUAUUGCUUGUUUCUUGGUAUCCAAUGGAGCAGACUUGAGUGUCAAGAACAAGAAAGGACAAACACCUCUAGAUUUGUGCCCUGAUCCAAAUCUUUGCAAAGCUUUGACCAAAUGUCAUAAGGAACAGUCAAAUGACCCAUGUAUAACUCCAUCUAGUACCUCACCUUCACAAGAUAAUGAUACACUGGAAGAGUGUAUGGUGUGUUCCGAUAUGAAAAGAGACACCCUCUUUGGUCCUUGUGGCCAUAUUGCAACUUGCUCUUUGUGUUCUCCAAGGGUCAAAAAGUGCCUUAUGUGCAAGGAACAAGUACAAUCAAGAACUAAGAUUGAGGAAUGUGUGGUUUGUUCAGACAAGAAAGCUUCUGUUCUUUUCAAGCCCUGUGGCCAUAUGUGUGCUUGUGAUGGUUGUGCUGGAUUAAUGAAAAAAUGUGUGCAGUGUCGUGCUCAGAUUGAUAAAGUUAUACCUUUCAUUGUGUGCUGUGGCGGAACUAUGCUUACCUGGGCUGGGAUAUCACUUUUACAAGCCUCAACUGCUCCUGCUCCGGCACAGGGUAUGAUGAUGAAUAAUGGUUGUCGUGAUAACUCUCACAAUGAUAUUCAAAAACUUCAGCAGCAAUUACAAGAUAUUAAAGAACAGACAAUGUGUCCAGUAUGCUUAGACCGUCUGAAAAACAUGAUCUUUCUUUGUGGCCACGGGACUUGCCAAAUGUGUGGAGACCGCAUGUCUGAAUGCCCUAUUUGUCGCAAGCAAGUCGAGAAACGCAUCUUAUUGUAUUAGUUUAAAUGUGAAAUAAUUUGUAGUAUGUAUUUAAAUUUCUAUAUUUUAUGUAGGACUUGAAAUGAAUGAAAAUAUAUUAGUUGAAGUUUAAUGAAACUUGAAAAUCUUCUCAGUGCAACAGAGGUUUUCUUUUUUAUAAAAACAAAAUGCUUUGAACUUCAGUUCGACAAUAUUUGAAUAAUAUUGUGUGAAAUCAUUAAUUUGUUUUUGUUUCAAAAAAUCUUGUCCUUGUUCCUCUGUAAUAUUUGCUGCACUGUGUGCAGUGAAUUAGUUUUCCUCCCUCUUGAUUGCCAUGUAGUAGGAAAUACAAUUUAGUGGAUCAUUUAAUUGUGAUUUCAAAUAAUGAAUAUUACAAUUCUGCUUGCUUAUUACACAGGUACAUAUAACUUGCUUGCAUUGAAAAUUUGUCUUCCUGGGGAAGUUUAUGUUCAUCUGUGCAUUAUUUUUGUAUAUAAUUAUUGAUACAUAUAUAUCUUUCUAUUGCCAAAGAUUUUCAUAAACUAAAAUGUAAUUACUUUAUUAUAUUAAUAUUAUAUGCUUUUCUUUCAGCCAAUUUAAAUUGAUGUUCUUUGUAUUUAAAAUAUGUUCGUUAAUCCAUUGAAAUCAUGUAUCAUAUGAUGAGUAGAACUGAUGGAAUGUAGCCAGUGAGUGUAAACAAAAUAAGUGCAUUUCUAUCCUCAGAGAUGUUUUUGUAGAUUCACUUGCAAGAGAGCUAU